AUGAGAAUAUCGCAGGUGGCAACUGCGCUGGCGGUUACAAUUACUUUGGGAAACGCUGAAGAGUUUCUUAUUCGAUUGAAAUCCCCCAGGACUUUGGCAAAAUUAGUCGAGUCUCGAGUUAACGACGGUUUCUUGAACGUAUUCUCUGAGGGGAAAAUACUUAAAACCUUUUCGUUUGGAAAGUUCGAAGGUUUUACCGUAGAUUUCCCAUUGAAUGCAAUCUCAAAACUCAGAAACAAUCCAUUAAUUGCGGAGAUCGUCCCAAAUGUUGAGUUCAACGUGUUUGAUGAAGAAAGCUUCCCUGAAGACGAUAAUUGGGAUGAAGACUGGGAUGACGAUGAAGACGACGGAGAAGAAGAAGAUAAUGAUGACGAUGACGAUGAUGAAAAGGAUGAGGAAGACGAGGGUGACAAUUCAGACUUGCCGGGCGUGGCCAUUCAAAGGAAUGCACCUAGGCAUUUGGCCAGAAUUUCACGCAGAUCUGCUUUGCCUUAUAACCCGAAUGAUAUAGCGACUGUAAAUUCUAAUUUCAGUUACUAUUUUGAUCAAAGCUUUUUGGGCACUUGUGUCAAUGCCUAUGUCAUUGAUACUGGUAUUUACAAAGAAAGCAAGCAAUUUGAAGGGCGCGCAAAAUUUGGUGCAGAUCUUGUAGGUGAAGGGCCUGGUGAUCUCAAUGGCCAUGGUACGCAUGUUGCUGGACUUAUUGGCUCUAGGACUUUUGGUGUGGCAAAAGAUGUUAACUUAAUCGAGGUCAAGGCUCUUAACGCCAAAGGUCAAGGUAAUUUGACUUCUGUUAUUAGCGCAAUUGAAUUCACCGUGAACCACUGCCGCAAGAGUAGACGCGGCUGCGUGGCUAACUUGAGCCUGGGUUCUUUUAGAAACUCCGUGUUAAACCAGGCGGUAGAGGCGGCUCUGGAAGCUGGGGUUGUUGUAGUUGUGGCAGCAGGAAAUUCUAACGCAAAUGCAUGUUGGAGCAGCCCGGCAUCAUCUUUAUCUGCUAUUGCUGUGGGCGCGUUUGAUGAUCGUACUGACACAAUUGCCAGAUUCUCAAAUUGGGGGAACUGUGUGGAUAUUUUUGCACCGGGCGUUAAGAUAAACUCCCUUUCGAACAUGCCGCCUUUCAAGCCGGUCGCUUAUUCUGGUACUUCUAUGGCUUCGCCGAUUGUGUCUGGAAUUGUCGCUACCCUUUUGGACAGUGGUGUUCAUCCAUUUGAUAUCAGGACUGAGUUAUUAGAGAUGUCCACAGACUCGAUUUUCCACAAGAGAAGCUUACUCUUUAAACCUGGCACUCCCAAUAAAGUUCUUUUCUCAGGCGUUGACAAACAGGACGAUGUUUUCGAUGAUGCAAUUUACCCUGGUGUUGAUAUUGACCAAUUGGUUAAAGAUUUGGAAAGCUACAACAAGGAUGGACACGUUGCUGAGGAUGACGCAACGUUACCACUGGGAGAGAUUAAACUCAAAAAGCGGACUCAGGUUACAUUGGAACCUUGGGUGAAACCAAUCUACACUACCACAGCCGCGUAA